CUUUAAACUAUUUAUCAUCAAUAAUUCAAUUUAUCUAUGUGAAUAAAAUCCAAUAUAGAAAAUGCCUCGCUCAGACGAAGCAGAAUGGUGGUUCAACGCCGUAUACGAAGCCGUCCAAGAAAUCCCCGCAGGCAAGGUGACUUCCUACGGCCAUAUUGCUCUUUUACUGGGUCAACCUAAACGACCCCGUCAAGUCGGUAUCUGUCUCAAGCAUCUCCCCUCGGAACCAUCACAGCAUUUCAACUCGGGAAAUGUACCCUGGCAGCGGGUGAUUAAUUCCAAGGGAAUGAUUUCUCAUCGCGAACCUGGCAGUGCCGAACGACAGGCAGAGGUGCUUCGGACAGAAGGCGUCGAGGUAGAAACAGAUAGCAUGGGCGAGUUUUAUGUGAAUUUUCGUCGCUAUGGAUGGUUUCCUGAUAUAUUGCCCAGCGAGGAGGGAUUGGAUAGUGAUGACGAUGUUGAGGGGUAG